CUCCAAAGGCCAGAAGAAAGCCCCCCCCGCCACCAAGUCCAAGCCUGCGGGCGAGAAGAAGAAGAGGAGAAAGAACCGCAAGGAGAGCUACUCCAUCUACAUCUACAAGGUUCUGAAGCAGGUUCACCCCGACACUGGCAUCUCCAGCAAGGCCAUGAGCAUCAUGAACUCGUUCGUCAACGACAUCUUCGAGCGUAUCGCCACCGAGGCCUCCCGUCUUGCUCACUACAACAAGAAACACACGAUCACCAGCCGCGAGGUGCAGACAGCCGUCCGCCUUCACCUGCCAGGAGAACUGAGCAAGCACGCAGUCAGCGAGGGCACCAAGGCCGUCACCAAAUACACCAGCAGCAAGUAGAGCGCCUGCUCUCUUCAACUCCUUUUAUUUUAUUUUUUCUUCUCAACCGGCUUUUCUCAAAGCCACCACAACUACAAUUGAUGCCUUCUCAGUGCUACUAA